UGACGGAAGUUCCAGCGGAAGUAGAGAGGAGCAGAGAUGGUGCGGGUGAAGUCGAGGUAUUUACUGUGCGAAGUCAACGUGUCAGACCGGAGCCGCCUGUUGCUGCUGGAUGACAGAGCUAUUGCUGUGGCAGUGAAGGCAGCGGUGGCCCGCACACACGGGGACUAUGGAGCAGCUCUCUGCAGCAUCAGAUUCUCUGUGAAAUAUCUGAAUGCUCAUACUGGAAUAGUAUUUCUGCGUUUCCCAAAAAGGUCUUACAGACUCCUCUGGUCUGCAUUGCCUUUCAUAACUAGUGUUGAAACUCGUGGGCAGAAAAUUCCAUGUUUUCUAAACUGUUUACAUGUGGGAGGAACACUUAGAACAUGUCAGAAGUUUCUGAUCCGAUAUAACACCCAGCAGCUCCAUCGAAUGCUCCCUACAUGUAAAAACGAAGAAGAAAAACAACAGGUUCGCGAAGCAAUUCUGAAUUGCUCCCUAAGGAGCCUAAGAAGAGGAAACAAGGAAGCAUUGGAAGAUGAAUUAGAGAGUGAAGAAGACGAAGAAGAGUGACUCCACAACACGCAGUAAAAGGCAGCAGCUAUGUGGAUUUCUGGCUCUGACUAUUUUUAAAGGACUAAUAGGAGGGAAGAUGUGAAGCUUUUGAAGAAAUGCAUAUCCAAUUGUGUGGAAUUAUGGUUUACUGCCACUGCUCAGUGCAUUUGUUAAGUAAACUGACUGUAUGCCUGUCUUCAACAGAGGGUUGACAGGGUGGCCUAAUGGUCAGCAUGAAUAUCCUUUCACAGCAAGGUCACUUUUGUCUCUGAUGCUGAUGUUGAUUUACUUUCUCUUAAUUGUUUUGGAUAAGGCUCACUGUAAAUAAAACUGCAAUCACAUAACAAAA